AUGCCGGCUUAUUCAUUCCUACUCGCAGCGGCCGCUAUUGCAAUCCUUGCUUUCUACUGGCAAAAAUACGUAAGGAGCAAGCCUUGCAGUCUUGUCUACCCUCAUGCGGAGCAACAUGCACACCAGGUGCCGGCAUCCCAGCUUUGUUCCUUAAGCCGCUCAGUGACAGAGCCGUUGGAUGAUAUUGCCUCUAAUGUAGACGCCUUUGAUCUGCCCCAACUGGCGGGCAUACUCGGCACUCUGGUUGAAGAGGGCUUCCAGCCGCGCAGGACGCCGUCAGAUGCACCUGCGCAUGCUGAUGAGCUGCUGCCUUCUGUCGCCGAUGAUAUUGCGGACGUGGAAUCCGCUCCAACGGCGCUGGGUGCAGCCUGCCUGCAGGCGAGCUGGUUGCUGGUGCAGUUAGCCAGCGGCCCUCCCGAGACCCGUAAGGCUCUUUCCCGGGGUAUCAGGGCCGAACGAGUCGCGGCGUUCAUGCGCGCUAUUCUUCCUGUGGACCUCCGGGACAAUCCUGCCCCGGGCAGCCGCGCGGCCUGCUCGGCCUUCGCAUGUAAAUCUGCUAGAUCCUCGGAACUGCGCUCAUCGUCCUCCAGCCAGGGAACACCGGACAGCUCCUGCACGCAGCAGCACCAGCACCAGGAGCACCAGCACCCGCUACUCACGCAGCAGCAGCAACAGCAGCAGCACGGGCACUGCGUCACUAUUCCACGCAGACAGCUACCAGAGUCUCUAAUUGAUGCCGUGCUCCGUAACUGCAGCUGGUGUCUGCUGCUUCUCUUCGAUGCAGGGUGGGCGCUGCCUGCCUGCGCUCAAUCUCAACCUUCUGUUGGGAAUGCGGCCUCUUACACGGGACCGGCGGGAGCGUCAGUGGAUUUGGAGGCAAUGGAGCUUGCAGUUCUGUCCGGUCACGCGCUGCUGCAGCAGGGACUAUGGGCCUCAGAGGCAGUGGCCUUACAGGGGGCCGAGUGCAGCUGCAGGGAGAGCCCGCCGGCCGAGGUGCUGGUGCGACUGGUGCAGGGCUGGGAGGGACUGGAGGCGUCGGUAACGGCGGCAGCUGUCUUGGCAUGUCUGGCGCUACUUGAAGACGCGGACGCGCAGCUGGCGCAGGGGGCGAGUCAGCUUCUACUGGCCUCACCCACCUUUGGCUACAUGUGCGAGGUGCUUUGCCGGGCGCGCGGCGUGGCAACGGCGUCAGCAUCGGAAUCGGCAGUGGUUGAUACUUGGGCUGGCGUCGACACGGGGCUUUCCGGGACUUUCGGUGUUAGGGCAGCGGCGGUGCCUGCGGCGGCGGCGCUUCCCAGGAAACCUGCGGCACGCGCCUGUGAAGUAAUAUCUCAGUUCCUAUUGCACACCCUGUCGCAGCCGCAUAGCGCCGGGCUGCUGCUGCAGCAGGCGGUGGCGGACCAUGCGGUGAACUGGCUGCUGCACGCAGCGGCGCUGCCGUUGGCGCUGCGGCGCCAGCUGGUAAAAAAAUCGCCGACGCAUGGCAUGGCAAAGAGCCCCGCAGCGGUGCCCUCGGGUUUGGGGCGGAAGGGUCACAGCUUGGGCUGCCGUAGGCGGACAUGGCGCACCGUGACCUCAGGAGGCUUCCUGCUGGCUCCGGCACCUCACCGAGCAGAUUCAGAGCGGCCAUCAGCCAACACCGUCCCUGCUGCUGGUAUGGGAGGCGUCAAUCCGCACCUGCAUGAGCAGGGCCAAGCACACGACCAGCGGCGUAUCCUGGGAGGAGGCGCGGAUGCGGCUUGGGAGCCGGACGCGGCACUCCUGGGCGCGCAGGCCCUUGGAGGCCUUCAGGACCUCGAAGAUGAGUACUUCAUGGACGCCCACGAGUAUGACCCGUGGGUCGGCGAGGAUGCCGCAGCAGGCCACGGUGCCGCCGACAUAAUUCCGGAGCCCGCAGCUGUUAUCGGCGCACCUGACGGUGAGCUGCUUGUAGAUGGGCGCGCCUCCCCGGCUCGUGCCGGCCCCUCCCUGGCUGCCGGCAUGGACCGGCCCGUGUCAACCCUUGCGGUCGCAUGCCGACUGCUGCUGGCCUGUGGCCGCCUGGACAGCGCCUUUGGGGCAUUCUUCUCGGACCUCCGCACUGCCGGUCGGGCGGCACUUAAGCGCCGCUGCCGGCUUGGUGGCAAACCUGGUGGCUACGCGCGCCGUGGCAGCUUGGACGGCCGUCUGCGGGAGCUAGCCUCCGCAGCGGCGGUGCACCAAGCAAUGGUGGCGGCGUUGUGGAGCGCGAAUGGUAGCAGCAGCGGUGGCGCGGGCUUUUGUGGCGGUGGCAGCGGCGGCGGUUCUCUGAGCUUGCUGACACCCUCGGGCAGCAGCGGCCUGAGCCGCGCUAGCGCAGCCGCCUGGUGGCCACCAUCAAGCAUGAGGAACAGCGGCGCAGCAGCCGUUCCGGAGGGCAGUUCUCCAGCUGCGCCCUACCCGUACGACAGGUCCGGCGCUUGUUUGAGUUCCGGCACCGAAGCCUUUGCUGACAGCGGUUGCGCCGAUCCCGUUGGGAUUUUUUCAAACACGCAGCAGCAGCAGCAGCUAGCGCAACUGCAGUUGCCUGCGGGAGCACUCACGGACGUCAUGGCCGGCGUGGCGGGGCUGAUUGAUGCCAUGCUAUGGCGCAGCCCAUCUCUGGGCUGUGGACGCUGCCUACGCGGCGGCUUGACGGACACCUACGACUCCAUGAGCGAAUCCAACACGGCGGAGAGCCACCUGUCCCAGGAGCGUGGCAGCAUGGACACGGGCAUGGCCCAGGGCGGUCCAGCUGCGGCGCCCGCAUUGCACAACAUCCAACUCGGGCAGUGGCGCAGUGCGGCAGCGCAGCCAUGGCAAGAAGGUCGCCGAUGCUCGAUUCCCGGAGCAUUGCAGAAGUGGGAGGAGAGCGCUGGAUGCCGGACGGAAGCCGCCGACCCAUGGACAGCGGGUGCCCGUUGGGGAGGGGGGGCGGCGGGAAGCGCCGCCGCGGUGGGUGGCAGUGGCGUCCCGUGCCAUGUUGCAAGCCUUAGUGACUGGCAAGGCGGGGCUGAGAUCAGCGGGCAGGUCACAGAGCGCUGGGGGUCCGAGUCGCGGCUAAGUGGCCAGGGCGAACUACCACAACACCCGGGCCCGCCUCAGGAUCACCAGUACCAAGCUGGCAAUAGCGCAGGUACCGUGAUGGGGAUAGGUUCGAGGCAUGGUGGCCCCCAGUACCGACGCAGCAGCAGCGGCGGCGGCGGCGGAGACCCUUUGGGACUCUAUGCGGACGACGGUGGCUCUGUCUCCGACGCCGAAGCGGAGGAGCAGCAGCGGCAGUCGCAGGAGGAGGUGUGGCGGGCGUUUGAGGAGGAGAGCGAGGACGCGGAUGCGCAGUCGGGUCUAGCGCUGGGACGUGGCGCGGUGGCCACGUGGUUGAGUCUCUCCUCCCCUAGGCACAUGGUGCAGCAGUGGCUAAGGACCGAGAGCAUGCCCGGCGCUACGAUCACUCACCUUGGGGCCACGGGCUCGGGCUGUUGUAAACCGUCGGCCUGCUGUCCCAGCUGCGCCGCGAGGAGGGCCUCACACAGCGCCGGGCGUACGGAUGGCGCUGGUGCGGAAUGCUGCUGCCCUUCCAGCAGCUGCCAAGUGCCGUUAAUGUCGCUCAGCGAUGAAAUACUUGGUCAGGUUGCCACCGUCGCAGCGGCCGCGACAGCCACUGAUGCAGAUGCAGCAGCGGCAGCCGUUGAGCCGCUAAAAGCGGGUGAUCGCUGGUCCAGGAUUGAAACGGGUGUGGCCGUGGGGAACCCCAACGCGGACGUCUCUGCGUCCUCACUCCGCAUCCCCGAGAUGUCAUUCUCGAGUUGUCAAAGGGUGUCUGAUGACCGCCAAUCCGCCAGAGAGGAGAAUAAGAGCGCUGACGGCGCCUCGUGUUCCUUCCCGGGGACGGUGCCGCGGCAAUGUAGUCGUGACGGCGCAGAUGGCGCCGCCACACGUACCUCAGUGGCGGCGAUGGAGCAGCUAGUGCUGCCCGACCGGGAGAGGACCUCUGCUGGUAGCUCGGUUGCUAGCCGGCUUCCGCCGUACACUUACUUUGGCUCACCGCAGCUCACCGCGGCGGCUCUCGCUGUCCCCGUGGACGUAGCAACGAUGGUCACCGCCUCGCUUGCUACAGCCGGCCGCAGCUCCAAUUCGGCCGCAAGCAGGAUCGCUAUUGCGGCCGCGGCGGCCGCCGCGGCAGCUGCGGCGUCGAACGUUGGCGCGGCCGGCACAACGACAGCCGCCGCCACGCUCGCUGCCUCUGCAGCGCGCGCCAAGGCUGCAGCCACAACCAACACGAACAGGCCUGUCGACGCCUCUGCUGGCAGUGAGGGGCGCUGGCUUGGCCCUAUGCUGGGUGCGUUCGAGGCGGCGGAAGAAGUUGAACUUGAGUCCGAUACGCAGCUAGCAGUGGACAACGGUGCCGGCAAGGGCAAUGGUAGUGGUGCUGAUAGCAGCGGCGAUUUCGGUGUCAGCAGUUUCCGCUGCUGCCGUGACGGCGGCGUUGGCGGUCACGCCAAGCCAAAUGCCCCGGUUCCCCUGACAGUCCUGGAGCUGCCCUACCCAGAUGCUCGUGGAGUGCGCCUGCUGCUGGCGGAUCGUGCGGCUGUAGCACCCUUUGCUUUCGACACAACCGACGGCGGCGCUGAGGUUGUAGCAGCGGCACGAUCUCCCUGGGUUACACCGCAGGCGUCUGAGGCUGAGGUGCUCUGGUGCAGCACAUCCGGAAGAGCGGAGUGGUACGGCGGUACGGCGGAUAUGCAUACACCGUACAACGCUGGUGGAUGGGCUCGGUCCGCUGGCAAGGCUCCGGAUGCGGGCCCUGUGAAGCUCGUGUCCACAGCUGCAGCUGCCGCGACGGCUGCUGAGGCCCUGGCCUCCAUUAAGACUUCUGCGCGGUGCCCCCCUGGUCCGUGGUGUGCUGAUGACUGGCGCCGCGCCAUGGGACCCGUCGGAACUGGAACCGCCGCCACCCCAGUUGACGCAGCCGCAGGUGCAGCUGAGGACAAGGUUGCUGUGUUUGCGUUUGGCAGUGAGCUGGUGGGGGUGUCGUCUAGAGGCUUCCGAGCGCUCCGGCGCUGCUCCCCCUUGCUGCACGGCUGGCUGUCCCGGGCGCCCGACCACACGAGACCCAUCACCCUGUUGCGAGUUCCCGGCCUGGACGACAGUGCCAACAGGCGCCCCGACGAGGAGGAGGAGGGGGAGGAGGGGCCUCCGGGGGAUCCGGAGCCGCAGGUACACGCCUCAGGGAGGGAGCCCAGCCUCCGGUCGACAGAGGAGGUGCACAGCGGAGAGGAGCCCCUGGAGCAAUUGUGGCAGUUGUGGCGGGCUGCUGACUACCUGCAGGUGGACGACCUGCUGACUGCCGUAGAGGACGAGCUGGCCCGCAGGUUCACACUGCCGCACCCGCACGGCACCGCUGCUUGGAACGCCGCGCUGUCGCUGGCGGGCGCACAACAGCACUUUAUGGGAUCGGCCUCGCGUCUUGCGCACCUGUGCGCGCUGCACUUCAUGCGGCGGGUGUGGGGUGUGCUGGGGGAUGAGGAGCUGCUGUUGGCUGCGGGAGCGGGUGCGGGAGUGCUGAGUCCGGCGGUGGCGGCGGAGGUCCGCGACCGGCUGGUGGCGCUGGUGGCCCUGGCGGACCUGGACCUGUUUGGGAGGAGUUGUUGCUUUGGUUGCCGCUGGUGCCGCAACUCCUUUCCCGUUUCUGUACAUGAUGAGGCGGGAACAGCGCUCGUAGGGAAAUACAAGGAGGAGACGGGUAGGGAGUUGCAGUGGGAUCGAUGUAGGUCGGGUAUAGUACGACGGGUGAACGGGGCAGGGCAGGUACCCAUUGGUGGUGGUGGCCACCAUUGCCGGUGGGACAUGGGCGCGCGGGGCACCGGACGUAGUGGAGUGUGGGGUGUGGUGCCACAUGUACUGCUGACCGCUUACGUUAUUGCUUAUGUGGGCCACCACAGCGAGUUGCAUAGCGGGUGCGGCUGGAAUAACAAGAUGCCGGUAGAGCUGCUUGGCUCCCGGCUGUGCCUCGACGCUGGCCUCCGAUCUAUUCUCUCCAGCUGCACCUCUAUCCGGACCGCCCAGCACGUCGUGGACGUGAUGCUCGCACCCCCAAAAAUGAGGACCUCGCACUUGGCGGCAUUCGCGGCCAUACCCGUCGCUUUCCAGUAG